AAUUUAAUUAAUCUGUUAGUUCCAAUCGUUUGUUCAAACUAUGAAGAGUUUUAUAGUAUUUUUAUUCUUUGUUGCCAUUUCGGCAGCUCAAGUACAAAGAGAUACAAAAAAUACUGAAAUUUAUGAGAAAUUUGUAAAAAUAGCAGUAGAAAAGUUAAUCAAAAGUUUGGAGGCAAAAGGCAACGAUCAAGGCAUAACUGCAGAAUUAAAUGAGUAUGCAGAGAAACUUCUAAGUUAUGUAGCUAAAUACGCUGUAAAUCAUGACUUGGAACCAAUUGCUAUUACCGAUAUAGCCCAAGACUUUCUUCUUGCCAACUUCAAAUUAACACAAAGUGAACUUCGUGGUAUUUCUACCAUUGAGAGGUAUGACGACGUAUUUGUUUCAUAUAAACAUAAUACAAAGGUUCUAAGUCUUAUAAUUCCAAUUGAAUUUAUUGACCUUAGCUUUAUGUAUCACUAUGAAAUACAUGUACUUGGUAUGGGCCCUAUAGGAGAACUGAUAGGAGAUAUUAAACAAUUUAAAUUUUAUCUCAGUUUUGAUUUUGAUAUACCCAACUUAAAGGCCAGUAUUAACAAAUUGGAAGUAACAGAUUGUGGGCAAAUAUCCGUUACCGCAAGUGGCAAUCCAGGAGAUUUUAUUUUUAACUUAAUUUCUGAAUUCGUUACAACAAUUUUACAUCCGUUAAUUCAAGGAAUUAUUGAAGUAAUUAUCAAAAAUGCCGCUACCCAAGUGGUAAAGGACAUUAAUGAAUUACUGUACAAUAUAACACAUCCUACCAAUUCAACUAUUAAUCAGAUCAGUUCACAAUAUUCUCAGUAUAUUUUGGAUUAUAAGGUAUAACCAUAAGGCAAUCUUUAAAAAAUUCAGCAUUUAUUGUAUGUAGUAAAAUAUUUGUGUAUUUAAUUUAUUAUUUUCAUUGUUAUAAAAAAUAAUUAAUAAAAGUGUAAAUUUUAAAU